GGGUCUGUUUUGUUGUAAAUUGAAAUUUUCUGCAGCCCGGAAGUGAAUAACUAUCUAAGUGGUAUGCAUGGAGCCGGCUGAGAAUCGCGUUUAGAUGACAGUAGCACCAUGAACCCAGCCAGUGGCGCUGCUGAAAACCGACAGCAUUCUGACAAUAAGAAACAGCAGCGAGCCGCUUCACCCGCCAGGUUCCGCGAUAUUAACUCCAGAUCCUCCAUCAAGACGUCGUUCGGUGCCAAAUCGACUGCACUGAAACAGGGUUACCACCCGAGCCGGGUUCCCAACCAGGGCACUGCAAACGCCAAGGAGAAAGGGAGCCGAGCCGCGGCUGCUGUCCGUCCAGCUGGUGCUGAAAAGGAGAUCGCCGCCGCGCCCGAGGACCUCAGAAAGGUGGAAGGGGAGAGCUGCCACUUCACCCAGAGCAAGAACUCGGAGUUGACCCUCGCUCAGAGCGGCCGUGCCGGGGCCAUUCCGGAUAGAACAACGAGGGGGAAGUCAGGGGAGCAGCAGCCCCCAGGAGGAGGGGGAGAGGUGGCAGACAGAGGGGAGCAGGAAGGUGUCGGGGGCGGUAUCGGGGUCGGCCUUCAGACGGACAGUGCGGGCUCGGCGGCGCCGCCGCCCAAUGCUGCGAUAAUGCACAUGAAGAACGCGACGGCAGAGGCGGCCGUGCCCGACAAGGCGGCGGGCGGCGGCUCCAACAUGGAGGCGAUGACCGAGCAGGAAAAGAGCCUGCAAGAUGAGGUCGAGAAACUGCGCUCGGAAAAUCUGGGCCUCAAGAGCGAGAUCGAGGAGAUGCGGAACGAAAUGGACGAAAUGAGGGACAGUUUCUACGAGGAAGACGCUUGCCAGCUGCAGGACCUCCGGCGGGAGCUCGAGCGCGCCAACAAAAACUGCCGGAUCCUGCAGUACCGCCUGCGGAAGACCGAGAGGAAAAGGAUGCGAUUCGCCCAAACCGGCGAGAUGGACAAUGAGCUACUGAGAAGUCUCGAGCAGGACCUCAAGGUUGCCAAAGACGUGUCUGUCAGACUGCACCACGAAUUGGAAAACGUGGAAGAAAAACGCACCAAAACAGAGGAGGAAAAUGAAAGCUUACGUCAGCAGUUGAUAGAAGCUGAGAUCACCAAGCAAGCUUUACAGAAUGAACUGGACAAGAUAAAAGAGUCUUCAUUAAAGCGACGAGGAAGUAAAGACUUCCAAAAAUCUGAAAAGAAGUCACAACAGAUCACUCAUGAGGAGGACAACGAUGACAUAAAAUGCCAGCUACAGUUUGUCAAAGAAGAAGCUAUUUUAAUGCGUAAGAAAAUGGCAAAAAUUGACAAAGAAAAAGAUAGACUUGAAUGCGAGCUGCAGAAGUACAGAUCCUUUUAUGGGGAUCUGGAUAGUCCUUUGCCAAAAGGUGAAGCAGGAGGGCCUCCUACAACCAGAGAAGCUGAACUCAAACUUCGUCUCCGACUGGUGGAAGAAGAAGCCAAUAUCCUAGGGAGAAAGAUAGUUGAGCUUGAGGUUGAAAAUAGAGGAUUGAAGGCUGAGUUAGAUGAUAUAAGGAGCCACUAUGAAAAAGAAGGAGCAAGUGGUGAAGAUUAUGUUGGAGUUGGUGCUUCUGCUUUUCGGGAUCAAAGUGAAGCUGUGUCCGAACUAAGACAGAACCUGCAGCUUGUUGAAGAUGAAGCUGAAUUGCUAAGACGAAACCUGGCUGACUUGGAAGACCAAAAUAAACGACUUUCCGCUGAAGUCAGUAAAUACAAGUAUAAAACGGGAAGCAUGCAGGAUGCUUCCCGGAAUAGUGAUAAUUCCAAAGUAACAGAAGUUCUUCAAGAAGAACUAAAGGCAGCCAGAAUGCAAAUCAAUGAACUCAGUGGCAAAGUCAUGCAACUACAGUAUGAAAAUCGUGUGCUGAUGUCCAAUAUGCAGCGCUAUGACCUGGCUUCCCAUUUGGGUAUCCGUGGCAGCCCCCGAGAUAGUGAUGCAGAAAGUGACCCAGGAAAAAAAGAAAGUGAUGAUGAUUCUCGACCUCCUCAUAGGAAAAGAGAGGGUCCCAUUGGUGGGGAAAGUGACUCAGAAGAAGUUCGCAAUAUCAGGUGUUUACAGACUCCGCCUAGGUCUUUAUUUUCUACAGAUGGCAGAUUGCUUCAAAAAAACCUGAAGGACAGACAACAGAUGUCAGACAUACGGCUGGAGGCAGAACGACUGAGUAGAACUAUAGAUCGAUUGAUUACAGACACAAGCACAAUUAUAACUGAAGCAAGAAUUUAUGUUGCAAAUGGUGACCUAUUUGGCAGAAUGGAAGAAGAAGAUGACAGCAGCAGGAUUAGAGAACAUGAACUUCUCUACAGAAUAAAUGCUCAGAUGAAAGCAUUUAGGAAGGAGCUGCAGACCUUCAUAGACAGACUAGAGGUUCCAAAAACAACAGAUGAAAAAAAUACAGAGGAACCUUUGUCUGUCAGUCAGAUGUUUCAACCUAUUAUUUUGCUUAUACUCAUCCUUGUAUUAUUUUCAUCAUUGUCCUACGCUACCAUAUUCAAAUUGGUUUUUCUUUUCACGCUUUUCUUUGUUCUGUAGAAUCUCCAUCUACUUGAGUAUACCAUCUUUUUAGUUUGUUUAUUUGUUUUAAUAUUUCAUCAAGACUUCUACAAACACAAAAUAACAGUGUUCAAGACAUUUUGGAAUUACUAUAUGCAAAGCUUUGUAAAAUAUUGGAGACUACCAAUUUUCAAGAUGACCUUUUAUAUGAAGCCAUUGGGAAAUUGAGGAAUAACCUUCAACUAGUGUUCUGUUUGCAGAUUAGUCAGAAGUUCCAACUGAGCCAGCUACCACUACCGACUGGAUGGAAAUUUCUGUCAAUCAACUCCUCCUGCAUCUAUACAGAAUUUAGUCCUUCCCAAUACUUCAGUUGUAAUUGUUGAUCAGAAGUGUUUGAACCUAUUUUCCCAUUUUAUUAAUCAUAACAAUUCAGCAGUUGGCUUUUAGGGGAACUCGUAAGCAUACAAACUCAUAUCGCUGUUCCAAUAUGGCCAUCUUUUGUAUGUAAUACUGUUGAAAGCUAGAAUUAAUGUGGAAGUAACGUAUUUAUUCAAGUUACUUCAACAGUCCUUCUGUGUCAAAAUGAUUGGACAUUUAUAAUGCAACUAGCAACUACCUUGAUACUUCUGAAGAGUGGAUGUGUGUCCUGGCAAGAGGUGAAGAGGAGCUUGAAAAUACCCCCUCUAUUUCCAGGUAUGCUCAUUAGAACUGUGACCUGUGGAUCUGGCCACAGCAGGGGUCAUCACCACUGUGCUCUCAGUGCAGCAAAGGCACAGAGAGAUUGAGGAACGGAUGCAUCAGUGAGUCCAGGACCAGCAACAACCUCUUGAUGCUGUCAAGCAGCCUCCAUGUGAAGAGGUGAAGGUUUUCUCAGGAUGCAGAGUACCGGAUGUCCAAAAUAUUGUCUCCAGUGUAAUCCCUCCAGAUGAGUGAGAAACAAUGCGGCCGCAGAUUGAGGAUGUUCUAGGAUACCAUCACAGAACUUUACUCUGCACUGGAGGAGUGAAUGGUCAUUUUAUAUGUCAGCAGUCAAGACAACAGCUGAGAUAACUAGCUAAAGGAAAUCAGAGGUGUCACUCUCCACUCCAGAGAACAUCAGGACCAAGAAGUAAGAAGUUUGGCAACAAGAAGAAAGGCCUCAACUCCAGUUUGACAAGCUGCAAUCGAGGCUGGAUGCCUUGCUGGGAGACAAAAGUCUACUGUCUACAUCCAUGGCUGAUAAUGUAACUCCCGACUGAGGACGUGUGUCAAUACAAUGCUGACCAUUCAUCCACCAAGGCUGUGGUGAAGCAAAUGAGAGGCCACUUGAAAAAUAAAGGCUCCUACCAAUGAUCAAAGAAGGAAAAGAAAGU